AUGGGGAGCAUCUUCUCAUUCUUAACACAAUCCAGACCACCAAAAGGCAUAGACAGGGCCACAGAAACAGAGUGGAACUGUCCCAUCUGCCGUGAUGCUCGAGAUGACCUUGCUUAUGUGGUGCCUUGUCUCCAUCAGUUCUGCCUGGCCUGCAUUAUGCGUUGGGCAGAGAUGCAAAGGGUGUGCCCACUCUGCAGAGAAGUGAUAGAGGCUGUCAGGUUUUCUGUGCAGACAGACAGCUAUAUAGACUGUGUCUUCACAAGUUCUGAAGAGUCAGCAAAUGGCAGCACCAGGACAGCAAUAACUCUAGGACAGCUGGUUAAAAACAGCCCCUUUGUGCAGUCCCCUUCACGUACUCCACGGGGGAUACUAUCCAUAGCAGAGCAUGGGAGCACAGGAACACAGCCCGUGGGUGGCCUCCCGCCUAGAGCGUGGGCAGAACUUUUCCAAAGAGAUGAGCAUCUACUUGAUCCUGUGGUGCCCUGGCUGCGCCAGGAGCUGGAGGCAAAGUAUGGGACUAGGUGGUGGAUGGCAAGGAUUGCAGAGAGCAUCAUCCUGCAUGCCGUGUCCAUCUGUGGUCCAGCUAGGAAUGUCUUGGCCCACGUGCUGCAGGACUUCCUUGAGGAACAUACAGAACCUCUAAUCAAUGGCGUCAUCAGCAUCAUUGUGAAUGAGUGCACACAAGAGGCCCAAAGGUUGCUACACUCCCGUGCUGUCUCAGAGAACAAUCCUGUGUCCCUCUCUAGCAGACUUCAGAUGGAAAAUACUGCUCCCCACCCAACCCCUGCCAGCACCUCUGCAGCCUCCAGUGAGGAGCUCCAACCUCAGAGCACAUCAGAAGCUGUCCUCCACACCCUCCAUCCAUCUACCCCCAUCCCUGCAGAGCAGGAGGAGCUGGGGGAGGAGGCAGUAGCAGAGGAACCUGCCAGGGAGGAGGACAACAGCACUGUGGCCAUCUCUGUCAGCCCUCAGGAGGAUAAUAUUGCCCCACAGGCAACCCCUGCCAGAAGCUCUGCAGGAUCCAGCAUGGAGCAACCCAGCAUAUCAGAGGCUGUCCUCCACACCCUCUACCCAUCGGCUCCUGUCCCUGGAGAGCAGGAGGAGCUGGAGCCAGCAGCAGUGUCAGAUCCCUCUGCCCAAGAUGACAGGCAAAGCCUCUUCACUCCCAGCCAGGGCAUAAGUAUGUACUUUUUCCACCUGCUGAACAAGAGGCUGGAAAGCAGCACCAUGGAAAGGCACCUAGGGGUCCAGGUUGAUGUUGAGUUGAACAGGAGCCAGCAGUGCCCCGGCAGCCAGGAGGGCCUGAGGGUGCAUGAGGCACAGCAUCGCCAGCUGGGCAAGGGAGGGGAUUGUCACGCUCUACUCUGCACUGCAAACUGCUCGGUAGCAACAGUGACCAGGGAUAAAAGGGCAAAGAAGACGGGCAACGGAGGGAGCACAGGAGCAAGAGGAGGGGUAAACCCCACCAAAGCUGUUGCAAAACAGCUGCAGCAUCAGCGGGGAGAUCGGGGACAGGAAGAAUGGCUCGGGGUCCGGGAGAGUCGGGGACGGCGUCCGAGCUCCGGCGAAGCGCCUUGCGCCGGGCUCGGCGCCGGCUGCGGGGGUGCCCCGGCCCCGCCUGGCGCUGAGGGCGAGGCCGGGGCCGGUGUUCCCCUCCGGGGAGCGGAGCGGAGCCGGCACGGGAGGCGAGGCCGCAGGAAGUGGGCGCCCGAGGGGGCUGGCGCGGGGGCGGCCCCGCCCGGCCCGGCCGGCGCACCGACAGCAGCCGUCGCUCGCCGACAGCCGCCGUCGAUACCCUAG